UAUUUGCACGCUAGUACUACAUGCAUUGUGUGAAAACGUGAUUUUUACAAUGGCUGACACAAAUACAGGAAUUGAUGUCCAUACUUUCAUCAAUAUGGCCGUUAGUUGGAUAUUAGUUGAUUUACAAAUUUUAGAUCUGACUAUACUGAGUGAGCAAGAACGCAGUAUGUUCACUGAGUUUGAAUUAUUUGACAUCGAUAAGCGUUCGACAAGCCACGAAGUGGUCGUCUCUUCGAAACUCCGUAGAACUCUCUUCGAAGUGCAUCGCCCAAAGUUCGAGCCACACGUCUCGAUCCAUUUGCAUCGUAGUUUGCCAUGGACGCUGGUCAGUCCAGCACAUCAGACGGGAGUCACUAAAUUUUAUCCUAAUGUGAGAGAACGAAUCGACGAGAAGUUACCAGACUCGUCUCAAUAUGUGAAAUCAGUCUAUAUACCGGAUGUAACGUGUUCUCAUUUCGGAAACGUGCCAGAUUAGGAUCACUUUGCUUAAAAGAAAUCCAAGUUCUCGUUUGAGGGAUUAAUUGUGAAUAAUAUGAUUAAAAAUAAAGG